AUCUCCAGGGUGCGUGGCUUCGUUAUGGUGACGCUCUGGGAGGCCCGGCCGCACGGGGGCGCCGGAGCACGGCCAUCGGGCGUCCCUUCCGUCCGCCGGAAGCGCUCUCCUGACACUGCGCGCCGCGGGAAGAUGGCGCUGGAAGCUGGCGACAUGGAAGACGGGCAGCUUUCCGACUCGGACUCCGACAUGACGGUCGUACCCAGCGACAGGCCGGCGCAAAUGGCGAAAGUGCUAGGUGGGGGCAGUGUUGCGUGUGCACCAGUGUCACACUAUCGGACUGUUAAAAACGUGGAUUCCAGUGAGGAGAGUGUGGAUUCGGAUGAAGACUGCUCUCUUUGGAAACGGAAGCGACAGAAAUGUCUUAACCCUCCUCCCAAACCAGAGCCUUUUCCGUUUGGCCAGAGCAGUCAGAAAACAGCUCUCAACGGAGGGAAGAAGGUGAACAAUAUUUGGGGGGCUGUGCUUCAGGAACAAAAUCAAGAUGCGGUGGCCAUCGAGCUUGGCAUCCUGGGAAUGGAAGGUACCCUUGACAGAAGCAGGCAGUCUGAGACCUACAACUAUUUGCUUGCUAAGAAACUUAGGCGGGAAUCUCAAGAGUACACAAAAGAAUUAGACAAAGAACUAGAUGAAUAUAUGCAUGGUGACAAAAAACCGGGGUCAAAGGAAGAGGAGAACGGGCAAGGCCACCUCAAACGGAAGCGGCCUGUCAAAGAGAGACUGGGUAACAGAGUAGAAAUGAACUACAAAGGCCGCUAUGAGAUCACAGAAGGUGACUCCCCAGAGAAAGUGGCUGAGGAAAUUGCUUUCAGGUUACAGGAACCAAAGAAAGACCUGAUAGCCCGAGUAGUGAGGAUAAUUGGGACCAAAAAAGCCAUUGAACUUUUGAUGGAAACCACUGAAGUUGAACAGAACGGUGGUCUUUUUAUAAUGAAUGGUAGUCGAAGAAGAACCCCUGGUGGGGUUUUCCUGAAUCUCCUGAAAAACACUCCUAGCGUCAGUGAAGAACAAAUUAAGGAAAUUUUCUACAUUGAAAAUCAAAAAGAAUAUGAAAAUAAAAAAGCUGCUAGAAAAAGAAGAACACAGUUAUUGGGGAAAAAAAUGAAACAAGCUAUUAAAAGUCUGAAUUUUCAAGAAGAUGAUGAUACAUCACGAGAAACUUUUGCAAGUGACACUAAUGAGGCCCUGGCCUCUCUUGAUGAAGCCCAGGAAGGAACCGGCGAAACCAAGCUGGAUGCUGAGGAGGCCAUUGAGGUGGAUCAUCCUCAGGACUUGGACAUCUUUUAGGCACAUUUUGGACGUUUUGAAAAAUAGACCUUUGUAAAAAAAAAAGUUUCCAUUUCUACUGAGAUUGCUGUACUAUGCACUGAGUGUGGAGAAAGGAGAGCUGUUGUGUUUCUUGUUUGAAGUAAAAUUGUAUGUGGGCAGUCAGAUGCCAUUGACGGCCGUGUCUGACAGGUGUACAGCAUGAGUGUCAUUGCUCAUUCUGCUGCAUGUAGUGACUGCUAACGCCUAGUUCUACCUGCGCUCGCACUGUCCAGCUCACUGUCAUGCCAUUAAGAAGCUUUUGUUUUCUGAUUUCUUUGUGGUGAACUAUGCUUAGGUUUUAACACAUUCCAUUAAAAUAUGCUAUAAUAUGCA